UGCAUUUUGGCCCUAAUGCCGAAUUUCCGAGACGGUUUGCUUAUUCGUCUGCCCAGCUCCCCAAUUCUCAGGCCGCAAAAGUUGUACUGGUUUGUUCGAAAUGGACAUCACUCACUGACAACUUCUUCGCUUUAUUGCCGAAAAGCCCUGCAUCCCCCUUUCUUCAUCGCGAUCCCUUUUCCUCCGGUUAGCGGUAGAUCCUUGAUCCAGGCGCAGUUGGCAAAGUUAUCGCUAACUCUCUCUUCCUCCAAUCUCCUGUCCAAUCUCCUCAAGGAUGUCAAUGGCCUCCCUAAUCUUCCGCUUCCUUGUGUUGUCACCGUAUGUGGCUCUUCUUUCUGUUGCCUUCACAUUGAUCUCGUGUCCAGUCUAUGCGAUGUGUUCCGCUAG